ACUGGUACUAGAUUAUUUCUGCUAACUUAUGUAACCUUAUCAGUUAUCACUUUUACAUUUGCAAUGAAAUCAGCUGUGCUUUGGUCGGUGAUACCAUUUGUUGUCGCCUCGUUAAGUAUUUAUGCAUUAUGCACCGAAAAACACAAAUAUUUAUAUCCGUUUUUGAUUGUAUCGAGUGUUCAUAUAGUACUUUGUAUUAUGGUUGUACUUAUAAUAAUUACAUUUACAGCUGCCAGCUAUGGUACCUUUAGGCAAAUUGUUG